AUGCUUAGUAGUUUAACGACGUCCUACACGGGCGAUAAACCCUUCCCCCAUAGCGUCCUCCUUUGGGCGAUCACCCGGAGUGGUGCUGUCAUCUCGUGUGGCGGCGAAGCCGAGGCAUCCUAUCCUAUCCUAUGUGCGCACGUGAGGUUCCGCGUUUACGUAUGUUACUCAGACGUAGCGGAGGUUUCUAGGCGUAGAUGGCGAUCAUCCUUUUCUUAA